UAUGAGUCCGCUAAAGGGCGGAGAUGCCGCAGCCUUUCUGAGCGAGACCGGGGUCUCGCGCGAAUCCUUGAGAAAUCUGUGGCAAAUUACAGAUGUGGAGAAAAAAGGCUCUAUAGAUAAGGAGGGGUUCAAUGUUCUGCUGAAGCUGGUGGCGUUGGUCCAGAAUAAUAUCGAGCCCACCACAGCGAAUUUGGGCCGACCGACGGGCAUGCCGAGAUUGGGGUCAAAAGGAGUUCAAAAUCUGGAAAUCACAAUGUCUCCAGAUACAUGUAGUAGUCCCGCGGGUUCGGGUCCGGCUUGGGACAUCACCCCAGCCGACAAGGCUAAAUACGACUCCCAAUUUGCGACACUGAAUCCCGUCCAGGGUAAAGUUAACGGUGCUACCGCAAGCACGUUCUUCAAGAAAAGCAACCUGGCUGUAGCCCAGCUCAAGAGGGUGUGGGAAUUAUCGGAUACGGAUAAGAGUGGCUAUCUGGAUAGCGAUGAGUUUGCUGUGGGUAUGCAUCUCAUUAUACGCCUGAAAGGAGGGUCGCCGCUACCUGCGGCCCUGUCCCCGUCGCUGAUACCGCCUUCGAAGCGGAGUGGAACUUCGAUGAACGUCUCCAGGCAAACGUCAACUAUAUCGAACAUGUCAAACAAUGCCAGUCUUGGUAGUGGUAUGACCCAGAGUGGAACCUCGAGGCAAACAUCUAUAAUUAGCAGCGGAGGUGAGGAGUGGGUUGUCAAUCCGAUCGAGCGCGCGCAAUUCCAUGAGACGUUCAAAACGAUUGGCAGCACAAACGCUCAGGGUCAAAUGGUCGCUAACGGAGCCAAAUGCCGCGACGUGUUUUCGCGGAGUAACCUGGCGAAGGAAGAAUUGGGUCAGAUCUGGCGGCUGUGUGAUUUUGAAAAGAAGGGCGAGUUGGACAACGACCAGUUUGCUCUCGCAUUGCACUUGAUACACAACAAAAGAAAGGGU